UUCUCUUUUAUUUUUUAUUUUUCAAGUCACCAUUUCUUUUCGACAUUUGGGUUGUUUUCUGAAAUCUCGAAGAGAGAGGUGGAGGCUGUUGGGUUGCCUUUCUUAUCUUAUUUCCAGAGAUUUGUUUUUCUCAUGCAAGAGAGAAGAUGGUGAAGGAAACAAGGCUUGAUUUGAAUCAAUGGUCUCUCCACAAGCAAAGUCACAUCUUUGUGAAGCUAGCCGUUUCAAUCCUUCUCGUUGGCCUCGCUUUUCGCCUCUUCUUCUCUCAAUCCGUCGGGUUUUCGCCCGUUUCAGACCGCCCCUUGGUGGAGAUUGCCGUGACGCCGGUUCCUGGCAAGGCCUUGGAGGCUGAAGAAGAUCAAGAACAACCUCAAAAGGGUAAUGUGGGAAAAUGUAAUAUUUUCAAGGGAGAGUGGGUCCCAAAUCCGUCUGGACCGAUCUACGACAACGAGAGCUGCCCCAUUGUUGAAGGCCAUCAGAAUUGCAUGAAGAAUGGGCGGCCCGAUUCAGGAUAUCUUUAUUGGAGAUGGAAGCCCCGAGACUGCGAACUACCUCCGUUUGAUUCAGUGAGAUUUCUGGAGUCUAUGAGGAAUAAGCAUUGGGCAUUCAUUGGUGAUUCAAUCUCCCGCAACCAUGUCCAGUCAUUACUUUGCAUUCUCUCUAAGGUGAGUGAAGCUGUUGAGGUGUACCAUGACGAGGAAUACAGAUCCAAAAGAUGGCAAUUCCCAUCCUACAACUUCACUCUCUCUGUGGUCUGGACCCCCUUCUUAAUAAAAGCUGCCAUCUUCGAAGACAUGAAUGGUGUCUCAACAUCUGAAAUUCAGCUGUAUCUUGACAUCCUCGACGAGACAUGGACCAAACAAUAUCAGAACUUUGAUUAUGUGAUAAUCUCCGGUGGGAAGUGGUUCCUCAAGACAGCAAUCUACUGGGAGAACGACGAAGUCAUCGGAUGCCACUACUGUCCAGGGAAGAACUUGACAGAACUUGGAUUUGAGCAUGCUUACAGGAAAGCCCUAGAGCUGCUGCUUAACUUCAUGAUUGCAUCUGACCAUAAAGCCUUUAUUCUGUUUCGGACCUCAACACCAGAUCACUUUGAGAAUGGGGAGUGGUUCAGUGGAGGAACAUGCAAUAGAACGGUCCCAUUUAAAGAUGGAGAGAUUGGGCUGAUUGACGUGGAUAAGACAAUGCGGGACAUUGAGUUGGAUGAAUUUGAGAAGGCAGCAACCUUAGCAUCAGAGAAGGGAUUGAAUAUGAAGCUUUUGGACACGACCCAUCUUUCAUUGAUGCGGCCUGAUGGGCAUCCAGGUCCAUACCGGCAGUUCCAUCCGUUUGCUGAGGAUAAAAAUGCCAAAGUUCAGAACGACUGUCUGCAUUGGUGCUUGCCUGGGCCAAUAGACAAUUGGAAUGAUUUGGUCAUGGAGAUGGUGCUAAACGGUUGAUAGCUUCGAUGGUGGGCCGUUACAAUCAGCACCCAUAUUUAUUGCCUUUAGAGCCACCAGUUUUCAAGGAUCCCCACACAGUGACAAAAGGGCUUUGACAAAUCCACUGGGGGAUCAGAAAGGAACAUGCUGUGUAUAUUACACGUCAUUUUGUUAGUAGGUUUUGUAUCUGAUGCUGUCGUUGUCGAUGUCAAUCAGCUGGAAAUUCUAAGCUUUAUUUGGGUCUAGCAUUUGCAAGUUUCGGGACUCUACGGUGAAAUUCUCUCAUAUUUUGUUUUGCAUGAA